CUGAGCCACUGUUGGGGACAGAACCCACCACUCAAGAUGACCGUAUCAUCGCUUCCGGAUCAUCAACGAGGACUACCUUUAGAUAAACUCCCUAAGCUUUUCCAUGACGCCGUUUUGAUAACAAGAGACUUGGGGUACAGAUAUCUCUGGAUUGAUUCCCCGGUAUUGUUCAAGACAGCAGAGAAGAUUGGAUGCGGGAGAGCGCACACAUGGAAAAAUAUCUAUAAGCACUCUGUGUUUACGAUUUCGGCUGAUAAUUGCCGCGAUAGUCGAGACAACACAGCCCUAUUCAGAUGAAUUAUGUGAAACAGAGAUGCUGCAGCUUGAAAUCACAGUAUCAUAGCGAAAUGCACGCUUUCAGACAACGCGAAUGGAAUCAGAAUUAUAAGUCAAAUCACAGCCUUUUGGGUUCCCGCGCUUGGGCUGUUCAGGAGCAGGUCCUUUCACCUCGCACUUUGCACUGGACGCCUUUGCAAAUUGCCUGGAGCUGCCGAUGUAUUACUCGCUCAGAGGAAGAUCCAUCUGGGUCUCAGCCGAAGGGUCCCCCAGACGAUAUUUACCUCUACCAAACCAAAUUGAUCUGUUUGCCACAGGAGGGGCUACAGAUUGCCAAGGAGAAUAUCACCUUCGAGGAAGACUCCCCAUCAGCUAUUUCAGGUCUAGCAAAAGAGGUUAAUCCGCAUUUUGGAAAGGAGUACCUGGCUGGAAUAUGGGCUCAUGACAUUUACAACGGACUCCUCUGCUCAGCAGGUGCCCACGCUUCGUAUCCUUCAACUUACGUGGCGCCGUCAUGGAGCUGGGCAUCAAUCAAAAUGGGACGUCUUGUGCAUCCCGCUUGCAUUCCCCUGAACGAAACUUUCUACCUCGAUCAGUCCGUAAUCGUCAAGCCUACUGCCAAAAUUCUUGAGACACACUUCACCUACGCUGGGGGAGAUGACUUUGGCCCGAUUGUAUCUGGGAAGCCACGAAUCAAUGCCCCUUUCAAUAUGACUAGCUCGUUCGCGAAGAAUGAGAUUAGACUUCCGUGGGUCGAAGAUACAGUCCCGUUAUCGAGUGAGGAACUCGAACCUUUCGUGUGCAAAUUACAGCCUUCUACCAUAACUUGUUGGCUGGAUGUUCGCCUUGAAGGAGAUUACGCGGUGUUAUAUUCCCAUCUAGGCGUGAGUGGAGCUGCUUUUGUGCAUAUUACCUUUCUUGCUAGCAGUCAUUUUCUUAUACCUGGUCUCAAUAACUACCCUCGGCAACAUUUUUAUAGGGAUGCUUCAGCAUCAGAAUUGGGCUUCAAUUUUAGAGCCAGUAGUUGGAGAUGCAGACGAGUGGAAACGGAUCGGUGUUGCAAGAAUCGCGGAUGGAUUGACUGAUGGAUGGGAGUGCCGAGAAUUUGCCAUAGGGCCAUAUAUAACCGGUAAAAGUGUUAACCUGGGUCUCAAGAGGGCCGUCGUCAAGUUGUGCUUCGCUAAUUCCCACUCCUCGCUCACAAGUCGUUCAAGGUUUCAAUGCCUCACCAUGAAUUAAUGUUUUAUAGUGAACUUAAU